AUGGGUAGCGUCAGCCACAAGACAGGAACUUUCCUGUUCACCUCCGAGUCUGUCGGCGAAGGUCACCCUGACAAGAUCGCCGAUCAGGUCUCUGACGCCGUUCUCGAUGCCUGCUUGGCCGAGGACCCUCUCUCCAAGGUCGCUUGCGAGACUGCUACCAAGACCGGUAUGAUCAUGGUCUUCGGUGAAAUCACCACCAAGGCCAGACUCGACUACCAGAAGAUCAUCCGUGGUGCCAUCCAGGACAUCGGAUACGACGACUCCUCCAAAGGUUUCGACUACAAGACUUGCAACGUCUUGGUCGCCAUUGAGCAACAAUCCCCUGAUAUCGCUCAGGGUCUUCACUACGAUGAGGCCCUUGAGAAGCUCGGUGCUGGUGACCAGGGUAUCAUGUUCGGAUAUGCCACCGACGAGACCCCUGAGCUCCUUCCCCUCACUCUUCUCCUCUCCCACAAGCUUAACCGCGUCAUGAAGGAGGGCCGUCUCGACGGAACCAUCCCUUGGGUUCGUCCUGACACCAAGACCCAGGUCACCAUCGAAUACGCCCACGACAACGGUGCCGUCAAGCCCCUCCGUGUCGACACCGUCGUCAUCUCCGCCCAGCACAGCGAGAAUGUCUCUACCGAGACUGUCCGCAAGGAGCUCCUCGAGAAGGUCAUCAAGAAGGCCAUCCCCGCUGAGCUCUUGGACGACCGCACCGUCUACCACCUUCAGCCCUCUGGUCUCUUCAUCAUUGGUGGUCCCCAGGGUGACGCCGGUUUGACUGGACGUAAGAUCAUUGUCGACACCUACGGUGGUUGGGGUGCUCACGGUGGUGGUGCUUUCUCCGGAAAGGACUACUCCAAGGUCGACCGAUCUGCCGCUUACGUCGCUCGUUGGAUCGCCAAGUCUCUUGUCAGUGCUAAGCUUGCUCGCCGUGCCCUUGUCCAGCUCUCCUACGCCAUUGGUGUCGCCGAGCCCCUCUCCAUCUUCGUCGAGACCUAUGGUACCUCCGACAAGAGCUCCGACGAGCUCGUCAAGAUCAUUCGCGACAACUUUGACCUCCGUCCUGGUGUCAUUGUCAAGGAGUUGGACCUUGCCAAGCCCAUCUACUUCCAGACUGCCAAGAACGGUCACUUCACCAACCAGAACUUCGCCUGGGAGAAGCCCAAGACCCUCAAGUUCUAA